AUGGGACUCCUUGAUUCCCACCUGGAGCAGAUCUCACUCUCCUCGAGUGCAAUUUCUGAUUUACCAUUCCCUCCACCCCGCAUCUUCACCAACGCGUUGCUCGGUUCCCAUGACAUUACUUCCUUGAUUCGGGAUACCGAGGCUCACGAGAGAGCAUUAUUUCAGGUCGACCCAGCCGCCAAAGCUCAAAAGUCGCAAAGGCGCGCCACUCGACGCGGAACCACAUUUUCCACAGAAUCCGAAAAUGAAUCCAUGGCGAGCCGGAUCUACUCCGCGCGGAACAAUCGCAACCAGUCUGCUGUUGCUCGAGUUCUAGGAGCUGAUAUGAUGGAUGAGAUAAAGCGAUCGGCGGGCACAUCUUCUCGUGGACGUGGCGAGGUCAAUGUUGAAGUCCUACUUCGCGGCGCGGAGAUUCUGUGCAAUGUCUAUCCCGUUUCAGGUGCUCAAGAAAAGAUUGCCAACUUGCGCUAUCGUCAUGGAGUGAUUGCCGAUUCCGUCGCCCAGCUGGAGAAUCGCGUCGCCACCAACACAGCAGAGCUCGAGCAAAUGCGCCAUUCCUACGACGAUGACGAUGAUGAUUUCUCGCCCCCUCCCGUCUCGCAGCCAGGUAUCUCAGAAGUUACCGACAAGGAGAUCGAGCGAGAGAUGGCCGAGAUUGCAGAGCUGGAACGGAAAAAACGCGCUUUGGAGGCUCGCGUCACCGGCAUGGAUCGAGAUCUCGGCGGUCUAAUGGGCUAA